AUGGACUCAUCAGUACCUCAGCUAGGUCAACUGUUUGCGUCGUUGAUAUGCCGCCGAACAAGCACAUUCAAUGGCAAUGCAUCUUGGAGACUCCCAUUCGGCUUGUUCUACAUCAUCCCGAGCACCUUGCUUAUUCUAUUAUGGUUUGUGCCUGAGUCUGUACUAAUGCACCGGUCAGUCUCCCCGAUGGUACUUGAUCCAGGGCCGCUCCGACGAAGCCCUGCAUUCCCUUCAGAGGCUUCGCCGCGGCCGUUUCGCAGAAGAGGAAAUCCAGGCCGAGUGGCGAGAGCAUCCAUGAGCAUUACUGUUGAUCGCGGUCGGUUUGUGGAAGUCUUCAAAGGAGUAAAUCUUGGCCGCACGUUGAUUACUGUUGGAACCAACGUAUUUCUACAAAUAACGGGGCAGAACUUUGUUUCAAACUAUGGAACAAUUUUUAUCGAGUCUUUGAGAACGAUCAAUGCCUUUACAGUGACGGUUAUAAACUCCGUUGCUAAUAUUGUCGUUGUUCUGGCUGUCAUGUUGAUGGCGGACAAGGUCGGACGAAAACCGCUCCUAAUUGUGGGUGCCAUCAUUCAAACCGGCGCUCUUUUCGCCAUGGGCGGCCUCGGUAUCUCAGCGGCUCCCUCUCUCGCCGCCAGAAAGGGCAUCACAGCAAUGGUGAGCGUCUUUGGAGCCGGAUACUCCAUCGGAUGGGCACCGCUUGCCCAUGUCAUUGCCGCCGAGAUUCCAAGCGUCCGAUUGAGAGAUUUCACCUAUGGACUGGCCUCCUUGGUCAACAUCGUCAUACAAUUUGCAGUCUCGUUCUCCAUCCCGUAUCUGCUAGAUGCUCCUUAUGCAGAUCUACAGUCCAAGGUGGGAUUCAUUUUUUGGCUCGUUUGCGGCUUGUGCGAUCCUGUUUUCUUGGUUGGUUAUUCCGGAGUUUAA